AUGCCAAAAGAGCAGCGCCGAGAAAAUUAUGAACAAUCUUUGGGUGCAUGGAGAGCACGGCUGCAGGCUACGAAUCAAACAAGAAAACCUCUGAUAGAAAAGGUCACGAACACAUGGCGAGAAGAUGAAAAGUUCCGCGUAGCUGAGGAAUGUGACACCAAAGAACCGAAUUUCUGCGACCUCGACGAUGAAAAUAGCUUCCCGAGCCUCAGCGUGAAGGCCAUAAGGUCACGACGAUUCCGAAGGAUGUUUGCGGUGCUAGUGCUUGUGAGUGUUGGGAUGUAUUAUAUUUGGACACGACACAUUCGGCCGAGCGUACAAGAGGGGUGGGAAUUGAAGCAAGGAUUCUUGCCCGCUCAGGUUAACGGGACGUAUGGUGUUGCGAAGGGCGGGCAUUUCGAUGGUGUGAGGAUUAAGGAUAUCGAUGCAACUUAUGUGCCUGGCGGUAAUAAGGAUCCCGAGGGCAACCGGCGGCUCAUUUUCGUCGGCGAUAUUCAUGGUUGUAAAGAUGAGUUGAAGCAUUUGUUGAAGAAAGUCGACUUCAACAGCAAGACAGAUCAUUUGGUCGCGACGGGAGAUGUGGUAUCUAAAGGCCCGCACAGUCCUGGUGUACUCGACUUGCUCAUCCACUACGGCGCCGAAAGCGUUCGAGGCAACCACGAAGACCGCUUACUUGAAGCCGCGAAGACACUAUCUGGCUCAGACAACAAGCGAGACGAUGCAAUGUCAACGAGCAAGGGCUACUCGAAGGACGCCGAGCUACUCAAAGAACUCAAACCACACCACAUGCGCUUCCUCCACGACAUGCCAUUAAUGCUGCGGAUACCUGCUUUACCCUUCGCCACUUCAUCCUGGCGCAAAGAUAAGCACAAUAUCGCAGAAGAAACAAUAGUCAUCCACGCCGGACUAGUCCCACACGUGCCACUGGAACGACAAGAUCCAUAUUUCGUGAUGAAUAUGCGCAGCAUCGACCACAAAACCCACGUGCCCUCCGCUCUACGCGAGACAAAGAAAGGGAACUCCAAACCGUGGAUGCACAUCUGGAACUGGUAUAACAACAGGCUUGCCAAGGGACGAUCAAUCAAAGGGUUUCAUAUCUGGUCUUAUGCCGAGUGGCUGAAUCAGCGCGUAACCGGAAGCUGGAUCAGUAAUUCUUGGAGCAGCAUGUCUAAGAAGCAACCGCAGCCUCAGCCACAGGUCGCAGUGUAUGGCCAUGAUAGCAAGAUGGGGUUGCAGAUGCAUCGGUGGAGUAAAGGGUUGGAUACUGGAUGUGCGAGUGGUGGGAAGCUGACAGCUAUGGUGCUUGAUGCUAAGGGGAAGACGGAGAUUGUACAGGUCAAGUGUGACAGUUAUCGGACUUGA